AUGCCGGGUGGUGGAGAUGAGGAUCACAAGAUGUCGGAUGUGGGCGGUGCUGACUCCGGCGACAGCGGCUCAGAUGACGACGACAGCAGCAGCAGCAGCGACGAGGAGGUGGAGGUCGGCGAGCAGGACAUGUCGCGCCUGAUGCAGUUGGAGGCCGCCUUGGAGGCGAACCCCAACCAGUACGACACGCACCUGGAGUACAUCGAGCUCCUCCGCAAGUGCCGCCUCCGCGAGCGCCUCCGCGCCGCCCGCGAGCGCAUGCACGGCGUCUUUCCCUUGAAUGAGCGCCAGUGGCUGGCGUGGCUGGGGGACGAGAUGGACGCGGCGCGCGCGCCGGGCGAUCUGGAGCGCAUCAGGGCGCUGUACGGGCGGGCUGUCAAGGAUUACCUCUCUGUGGAGAUCUGGGCCGGCUACCUCGAAUUCCUGCACCAGAUGGAUAGAGAUGUGGCCGCCCACAGCCCCACAGGCGCGGCUGCAUUCAGGGCGGCUGCUGAGGAGGCGCUGCAGGCGGCGGGGCUGCACCUGUCGGAGGGCGCCCGCGUGUGGGCCGCGUUCAGGACCUACGAGCAGGAGGGCCUAGACGCCGCCGACACCGCCUCCAAGGACCAGCAGCGCGACAGGGUGCGCGCCCUGUGGCAGCGCCAGCUGGCGGUGCCGCUGGCCGGGGGCGAGGAGCUCCUUGCUGAGUACGAGGCGUGGGAGGAAGCUGUUGGGAAGGGCGCCGUCCCCGAGCACGUCCGCAAGGCCGCCGGCAAGGCGCAGGCGGCGGCGUCGCUCCGCGCCGCGCACGAGGCCGCGGUGGGCGGGGAGCGGCCCGCCGACGCGGCGCUGCUGGCUGCCUACCUCGCAUACAUCAAGCUGGAGCAGGCGCAGGGCGACCCGGCGCGAGUGCAGGCCGUGUUUGAGCGUGCGGUGGCCGCCUUCCCUGUGACCGCCGAGCUGUGGCAGCAGUACGCGUCGUACCUGGAGAAGACAGUGAAGAUCCCGGCGGUGGUGGACGCAGUGUACGGCCGCGCGCUGCGCAACUGCCCCUGGGUGGGCGCGAUGUGGGGCCGCGCGCUGCGGGCGCUCGAGAGGGGGGCCGGCGGCGGCGGCGGGGAGGCCGCGCACGCGGCGAUGUACGAGGCGGCGCUGAAGGCCGGCCUGCAGGGCCCAGAGGACUAUAUGGAAGUGAUCCUCGCCCGCGCAGACUUUCUCAGACGCCGCCUGCCGCCGGCCCCCGCUGACGCCGCCGACGCCGACGCCGGUGCCGCGGCUGCGCCCGUGCGGAUGUUCUUUUCGUCGGCGUCCGACCUCAUGGCGCAGUACUUCCCGGACUACGCUGACAAGGCGCUGCGGCUGCCGGGGUACUGGGCGCACGUGGAGGCGUUUGUGCUGCGGGACGCGGCUGCGGCGCGGGGCGUGUGGGAGGGCGUCGUGAAGGGGCUGCUCGGCAGGCACUAUGAGACGUGGGCCGCCUAUGUGGCGAUGGAGCGCUCCCUCCGUGCGCUGACUCAGGCGCGCGGCGUCUACAGGCGCGCCUGGUCCAGGAAGCUGGAAGCCGGCGGGCAGCUGGCGCUCUGCUACGACUGGCUGCGGUUCGAGCGAGAAGAGGGCAGUGCUGAGGACCUCCAGGCGGCGCACCUCAAGGUAGAGCCGAUCCUGGAGGGCGCCACCGCCGCCGCCGCGGCCGCGACGGACAGCCACGCCCUCGCCGUCGCGCGGGCGGCAGUACAGCAGGCCCCCAAGCUGUCCAAGGAGGAGGUGGCGGCCAUGAGGCGCGCCAACGACCCAAACUUUGGCAAGGCCAGCAAAGCCAAGCCGGCCAAAAAGCGCGACCGCGGGGCGGCCGACGGCGACGGCGAAGGAGACGCGGCGGGCCCCAGCAAACGCAGCAAGGCGCCGGCGGGCAAGCAGGGGCCUCAGCAGCAGCAGCAGCAGCAGCAGCAGCAGCAGCAGCCGGCCGCAGUGGCAGAGGCGAUGGAGGAGGACGGCGCGGCUGCCACUAACGGGCAGCCCGAGCAGCAGCAGCAGCAGCAGCAGCAGCAGCAGCAGCAGCAGGAGCAAGGGGCUGGCGGGGAGGGGGCAGCGGCGGGCCCGCGGCCCGUUUACAACGACGCACAUACCGCGUUUGUGAAGGGCAUGGGGCAGGCGGUGGGUGAAGAGGACCUGCGGGCGCUGUUUUCGGACAUUCCCGGGCUAAAGGAGAUCAGGGUGGCGCGGGAGCACGAGGGCGCCCAUGCGUCGAGGGGCUUUGCCUAUGUCGAAUUUGAGACGUCUGAAGGCGUGGCUGCCGCAGCGGCCAAGAGUGGGGCAGAGGUCAAUGGCCGCACGCUUGACAUAUCGCGCUCGCGGCCGCCGCGCGGCCCUGACGACCACACGGCCUUCGUCAAGGGCCUCGGGCAUGACGUGGGCGAGGCGGACCUGCGGACGCUGCUGGGCGGUGCGCCUGGCGGCAUCCGAGGCGUGCGCAUCCCCAAGGAUGAGACCGGCCGCAGCAAG